AUGUCGACAAGAUCUGAAUAUAGUAAAGUUUUUGAAAAGAGAUCUAAGAAAAUUCACCGAGGUGAAAGGUUGUUUAAAUGUCCAGAAUGUGAGAAAUCAUUUAUUAGAAAAGAACAUUUUGUUCAACAUCUAAGAAUUCACACAGGAGAAAAGCCAUAUUCAUGCUCAGAAUGUGAGAAAUAUUUUACUUCAAAAAUAGCAGUAGUGAGACACCAGAGAAUUCACACAGGAGAGAAGCCAUAUUCUUGUCUAGAAUGUGAAAAGUGUUUUAGUCUGAAAUCACUUCUUGUUGGACAUCAGAGAAUUCACACAGGAGAGAAGCCUUAUUCAUGUCCUGAAUGUGAGAAGAGUUUUAGUCUAAAAGCAUAUCUUGUAGAUCAUCAGAAAAUUCACACAGGAGAGAAGCCAUUUUCAUGCCUAGAAUGUGAUAAGUGUUUUCGUCAGAAAUCCCAUCUUUCUCAACAUCAGAAAAUUCACACAGGAGAUAAUCCGUAUUCAUGUCCUGAAUGUGAGAAAUGUUUUUUUGAUAAAUCGGGUCUUUUUAAACAUCAGAGAUCUCACACAGGCGAGAAGCCAUUUUCAUGCUCAGAAUGUGAUAAGUGUUUUAGUCAGAAAUCACAUCUUGAUGAACAUCAGAAAAUUCACACAGGAGAAAAGCCAUUUUCAUGCUCAGAAUGUGAUAAUAGUUUUAGUCGGAAAUCGAUACUUAUACGACAUCAGAGAAUUCACACAGGAGAGAAGCCAUAUUCAUGUACUGAAUGUGAGAAGUGUUUUAGUGAGAAGUCAAUUCUUGCUCAACAUCAGAGAAUUCACACAGGAGAGAAGCCAUAUAAAUGUCCAGAAUGUGAGAAAUCAUUUAUUAGAAAAGAAAAUCUUGUUGAACAUCUAAGAAUUCACACAGGAGAGAAGCCAUUUGCAUGUACAGAAUGUGAUAAUUGUUUUAGUAAGAAGUCACAUCUUGUUCGACAUCAGAAAAUUCACACUGGAGAGAAGCCAUUUUCAUGUCCUGAAUGUGAGAAGUGUUUUAGUCAUAAAUCAGGUCUUGUUCAACAUCAGAUAAUCCACACAGGAGAGAAGCCAUUUUCUUGUCCUGAAUGUGAGAAGUGUUUUAGUCAUAAAUCAGAUCUUGUUAAACAUCAAAGAAUUCACACAGGAGAGAAGCCAUUUACAUGUACAGAAUGUGAUAAUUGUUUUAGUAAGAAGUCACAUCUUGUUCGACAUCAGAGAAUUCACACAGGAGAGAAGCCAUAUUCAUGUCCUGAAUGUGAGAAGAGUUUUAGUCUGAAAGCAAAUCUUGUAUAUCAUCAGAGAAAUCACACAGGAGAGAAGCCAUUUUCAUGCCUAGAAUGUGAUAAGUGUUUUUGUCAGAAAUCACAUCUUGUUCAACAUCAGAAAAUUCACACUGGAGAGAAGCCUUUUUCAUGUCCUGAAUGUGAGAAGAGUUUUAGUCAUAAAUCAGGUCUUGUUCAACAUCAGAAAAUUCACACAGGAGAGAAGCCAUUUUCUUGUCCUGAAUGUGAGAAGUGUUUUAGUCAUAAAUCAGAUCUUGUUAAACAUCAAAGAAUUCACACAGGAGAGAAGCCAUUUACAUGUACAGAAUGUGAGAAGUGCUUUAGUAAGAAGUCACAUCUUGUUCGACAUCUGAGAAUUCACAUAGGAGAGAAGCCAUAUUCAUGUCCUGAAUGUAAGAAGAGUUUUAGUCAAAAAUCACAUCUUGAUAAACAUCUGAGAAUUCACACAGGAGAGAAGCCAUAUUCUUGUACUGAAUGUAUGAACUGUUUUAGUCAGAAAUCACAUCUUGUUCAACAUCAUAAAACUCACACAGAUGAGAAGCUAUAUUCAUGUACUGAAUGUGAGAAGUGUUUUAGUCAGGACUCAGAAGACAAUUCUUGCUGA